AUGGCCAAAGAUCCAGUUCGUGUUCUUGUCACCGGUGCUGCAGGACAAAUUGGAUAUGCUCUUGUCCCUAUGAUUGCUAGGGGAGUGAUGCUGGGUCCUGACCAGACUGUGAUCCUCCACAUGCUUGAUAUCGCACCUGCAGCUGAGGCACUGAAUGGUGUUAAAAUGGAGUUGGUGGAUGCUGCUUUCCCUCUUCUUAAAGGAGUUGUUGCUACAACUGAUGUGGUUGAGGCAUGCACUGGAGUCAAUAUUGCUGUAAUGGUUGGUGGGUUCCCUAGAAAAGAAGGCAUGGAGAGGAAAGAUGUGAUGACAAAAAAUGUUUCUAUCUAUAAGUCCCAGGCUUCUGCUCUUGAAAAACACGCUGCUGCUAACUGCAAGGUUCUUGUCGUUGCCAACCCAGCAAACACCAAUGCAUUGAUCUUGAAGGAAUACGCUCCAUCCAUUCCUGAGAAAAACAUUACUUGUUUGACAAGGUUGGACCAUAACAGGGCACUGGGUCAAAUUUCUGAAAGACUGAAUGUUGAAGUUUCUGAUGUGAAAAAUGUUAUAAUCUGGGGAAAUCAUUCAUCAUCUCAGUACCCUGAUGUCAACCAUGCAACUGUUAAAGUCUCUUCUGUCGAAAAGCCUGUCCGUGAACUCGUAGCUGAUGAUGCAUGGUUGAAUGCAGAAUUCAUAACUACCGUCCAACAAAGGGGUGCUGCUAUUAUUAAAGCUAGAAAGCUUUCUAGUGCACUAUCUGCCGCCAGCUCUGCUUGUGAUCACAUUAGAGAUUGGGUUCUUGGAACUCCUGAGGGAACCUGGGUAUCAAUGGGAGUUUAUUCCGAUGGAUCUUACAAUGUACCAGCUGGACUGAUCUAUUCAUUCCCUGUCACAACUCGCAAUGGCGAAUGGGAAAUAGUUCAAGGACUCUCAAUUGAUGAGUUUUCAAGGAAGAAAUUGGACUUGACAGCAGAAGAGCUUUCUGAGGAGAAGGCUUUGGCUUACUCAUGUCUCUCUUAG